UGCGUUAGAUCUACGAGUGAUUUUCAAGGAUCAGGAUCAGGCAAUUAAAGGGUUCGCUAGACAUGUUCGUCUAAUUAAACGUACUCAUUGUCAUCGUUCAAUAACUUCUUUUAUUACAUUAAUUAUUUUACAGUUUAUUAUACAUCAGGUACCGCAAGUACAUAAGUUCUCGAGCUCGUUUUUCGCGUUACCAUCACGAGACUGCACCAUGUUCACGAGGAAGCCAUUCAUGACCGGCAAUGUACGGUAGAAAUGCACGUAAACCUGCAAUGCGUAUGUGCGCGACUACCAAAGCGAACGGCUGUAGUUAGUACGUACCGAGACGAGAAAUGUCUUAUUCUAGGUGCGAUCCGUCUUUCUUCGGCAUCUCGCGCGAUACGCUUCGAACUAGUCGACACCCUGUACGGCGAAGAUCCCGUCGGUCCCCCACCCGGGAGGAGCUGGACAGUCCCUGGAGCGGGAACUUACUUUCGUUCGUACGUCGGCCUCGGUUCAGUUCAGGUUUACUACUCGGCUCCUCGUGGCCCUCGCUCGGUGCACUCUCUCGACUAACUCGGCUCUGCUCCGUUCCCGUACCUACCGAGGACCUGUGAGAAAGUAAUCCCAGUAACUCGCGCGCAUACAGAGAAUCAUGCAGCUCUCGGGGUGGAGGUGAGCGCUUUCGAAUGCAUUAUUUUCCGCCGGCGCAUAUCACGUGCACGCAGCGAUCGCGGAUGUGGACAUCAUACACUCGCUCGGACCGAAUUAAUUGGAUAAUUUGUAUUACCUUAUGGGUAUGUCGAUAAAUUGAUAUCACGCGAACGACCGUUAUGGGCAUAAAUCGGAAGCCAGUUACGUUAAUCAAUGAAUAAACAUUAAUAUCAAUAGGAUCGAAUCGAGUUUUGUCCCAGGUUUUUACAGAAUCCGGUAGCGACGUAGAAUCGGGAAUACGUCGUAGUUGCGAAACGAGGAUGCACGGGAGAAUCAGGAAAUGUCUCCCCUAAAUGUCAGGCUAUUUUAAGUUCCGCGAUGACAUACGCAAAAACCAGCCCGAGCGGCGAUCUUUAUCGGUAUUGGAAGAGACUUCUGUCGCGUGAUCGAUGGUUGCACUCGAUGCCGCUACUACAUAAUAGGCAGGGUCGGGAUGCGAUGUUUAAUGCACGAUCAAGCCAGGGCGUGACUCGAGAUUCUUUCGCCGAUGUCUCGUUUUGUUUUACUCCCCCGCGAGAUGAGAGAUACGAAGAUGUUAGAUAAAUGGGAACCUUUGAGUCUCGCCAGGUUAGCGAUGCUGCUGGUCUUGGCCGAGGGCACGAUUCUGCCGACGAGGAUGCUGCAGGACCUGAACAGGAGAACGAACGCGACUAUGGAGAAGUACGAGGAGAUGGAGGAGAGGAUCUUGAGCUCCAGGACCCACCUGCAGCAGGGUUCGCCCUCCUGGUACCUGGGAGCAUCCCACGAGAUGAGCGCCGCGGCCAGGACGCUUUCUCGGAGAGCGCUGCGCAGCGAGACCAUGGCCGUGAUGCUGGUGGAGGCCUUGAAGAUGACCCCGAAGGAGGCUGCGAGCCUCCUGCCCACCGUAGGCCUCGGGCUGUGCACAGGGGAGGCCGCCAGCGCGCUGCACCUCACCAGAGAGUGCCAGAAGGUCGAUCCCAGGUUCAGGACUCACACCGGCAGGUGCAACAACCCCCUGCAUCCCGCCUGGGGCGCCGCCCUGGAGCCCUAUUCCAGGCUCCUGCCGGCAGAGUACACGGACGGGGUGUCCUUGCCCAGAAGAGACCUGCCCAGUGCUCGGAAGGUUUCCCUGAUGGUGCACGCGGGGACCUCCGACUCCAAGCACCCUUUCCUGAUGGCCCUGGUCGCCCUGUUUGGCCAGUUCCUGGCCAACGACCUGGCCCACACUCCCAGGAUGGAGCUCUCUCGCGGGAAGAGGCUCAAGUGCUGCGACGUCGAGUUCGAGCACUUCCAUCCGGAGUGCUUCCCUAUCGGUGCCGAGAACUCGGUACACUGCAUGGAGUAUUCUAGGUCGGCGCCUCAUCCCGGGAAUACCGUGCAGGGAUGCAAGCUGGGUCCGAGGCAACAGAUCAAUCAGGCGACCUCCUACGUGGACCUCUCUCCGGUCUACGGCAAUUCCGAGGAGAUCUCGAAAUCCCUGAGAUCCGGGAAGGGAGGCACCUUAAUGACCCAGAGGAAAAAUCUACCGAUGCCCUCGGAGAGCACCGACGAGUGCAGAAGUCCCAACGCGGCCUUGCCCUGCUUCCUCGGAGGGGACUCCAGGGUGAACGAGCACCCCGGUCUGACCCUGAUGCACGUCCUCUUCCUGAGGGAGCACAAUCGCGUCGCCAAGCAGUUGGAACAAUUGAAUCCCCACUGGGACGACGACAGGCUCUAUCAGGAAGCAAGGAGGGUCGUAAUCGCGGAAAUGCAGCACAUCACUUACAACGAGUACCUGCCCGUUGUUCUUGGGGAAAACGCUCUGGACAGAUAUCAACUGCGACUGAACACCGGAGGACUCUCGGACCGGUACGACUCGAGGGUGGACGCGUCCUUAUCGAAUGCAGGGGCAUCCGCUGGUCUCUUCUUCGCGGCAGUGCUCACCCCGAAGACCUUGGACCUGGUGGACCUUCGCUCCUCCUCGAAAUCCGGGGAGAGGUCCCUCCUCUCGUCUUUCUACGCUCCUCAGGAACUGUACGAGGCCGGGGCGAUAGAUCGCCUGAUUGCCGGGGCGACAGCGGGUCACUCGAGGAAACCUCUUCCUCCGGGGCUCAACGAGGUGCUGCUGAGCCGAUACUUCCACGAUGGGAAGAGCAGCGAGACUCCGGUUGAUUAUGCGGCCCAGGCCAUCCAGGAGGGCAGGGACCACGGAUUGCCGCCCUACGUUAGAUGGAAACAUUUCUGCGACCUCGUAGAGGUGACCGACUUCCGGGACUUGGAGGGGACCAUUGCCGAAGACGCACUGAAGAAAUUGCGCAGCGUCUACGAAAAGGUCGAAGACGUCGAUCUAUUGACUGGGGCCUUAUCGGAGGCUCCCGUCGAAGGGGCCGUUCUGGGCCCGACGUUUCUCUGCCUUCUGGGCCGGGUCUUCCGAAACGCCCGAUUGGGCGACAGGUACUGGUACGAGAACGUCAAUACCCCCGGAGCGUUUACACCUGUGCAGAUCGAGGAGAUCCGUAAGAGUACGAUCGCGAGAAUACUUUGCGACAACGGGGACAACUUGAAGAGGAUUCAGCCGAGAGCUUUCAUUUUACAUGACCGGUUCCUAAACAAUCUGGCGGACUGCACCUCUUACCUCGGGGGAGGUUUGGACUUGACCCCGUGGAAAGAAACACAGAAGACGCCCGAAAAAAUGGCCUAGCGGUUUCAUUGUCGUCCAUUUCCAACGCCGGGGAGAAACCAUUCGCCCGGGAGCCGAAAAACCGCCGAACCUUCUUUUUUACGCAUCGAACCAAAGGAGUCGAUACGUGCGAGAUUUUCUUCCUUGGAAGAAAUCUUUCUGCGCGUAUUAGAGAUUAAAUAAAAAAAAUAUAGAAGAAAAGAAAACGGUAGUUCCAUGCUUCUCCCAGAAAUUGUAAAGAAGCGUAGCACCGAUCCAUUAAAUCCCAAAGGUUCGUCUCGACUGUCGGUCGGGAGGUGUUGGCUGCAAUCGAUGAAAAUGAAUAAUUCGUAACUUAAAUAGAGGAACCGAGGAACCUUAAUCGGGCCCUCGUUAAAAGUGAAGAAAAAAAUCUCGCGAGGUCCCUCGGCCCGAGACUUUCGAGGUCGGGGGUCGAGACUCGGACCUCGGCCCGGCAGGUUGUGCAAGGUGUAAUCGCCGGAAAGUCCCUCUCGACGAUUACCGCGUCCAAAGAAUGCCGAAGAACUGCAGCUUUGACAUUUAUAACGCGAGGCCGCGUAAUAAAGGCAAGCCACGUGAGAGAAGCGCCGCGAAGCGAGCGCGAACGACGAAGGGACCUUGAUCCAAUGGCCCGGUUCUUCAGCGUCUCGUGAAUACGAGAAGCGGCCGUUAAAGAAGUCAAUCCUGGCCGCGACACGGCAGGGAUUACGCAGCUGUUCGUUGACAACUAAAUAAAAAAAA